AUGCAGCGUCAAAGAGCAAAGGCGGCGGGGAUCGAAGUGCUGCCUGAGGAGUUGAUCCUCCUCAUCUUCCAGGAGGUGAUUGCGUCCUCUGGCGCUGCAUACGCAAACCUUAGCCUAGUGUGCAUGCAAUUCAGGGAGCUUGCACGCAAAACACACUGCGUGUUCUUUGAUCUCAGGGGCCUUGGGGGCCUUCGGCAACUCACAAGUUUGGAGGUCUGGGAUUGUGGGGGCGAUGGACUGUACACAUUGAGUGGAGCGCUCAACACUUUCACCUCUCUUGUCAAGCUCAGACUCUCAAGGAACAGUCAGUGGCACCCAUUCAGCAUUCAAAACCUCACAGCUUUGACGAGCCUAGACCUGUCCGGGAACAAGCUAAGGGGCGAUGAAGCGGUUCUGGGCGAAGAAGGCCUUGGGAAGCUUCAAGCGCUGACGUUUCUUGACUUGUCGGGCAACCCGAUAGAGUUCGAUGGCGCCCAAUCACUGUCUGCGGUGAUUCAAAGCCUCAGAGCUCUGAAAUGUCUGAACCUGGACGCAACAACGCAAUACGAGAUUGGUUUGUGUUACUAUAAUGGAAAGGGGGUCGCAGAGAACAAGGGACGCGGUGUGCAGUGGUUUAGAAAGGCUGCGGAACGGGGUCAGGUCAAUGCUCAGAACCACUUAGGUUGGUGUUACUUGCGGGAAGGAAGGGGCGUGGAAAGCAACAGGGCUCACGCCGAGGAGUGGCUCAUAAAGGCUGGUGACCAAGGCCAUACAGACGCUCAAUGCAUCCUGUGGGACCUUUUCGUAGAUGCGGAAGUUGAUGAGAGUUUGUUAGAGUUGAAUGAAAGGGUAGCAAAGCAGGGGCAGGCUGAAAUUAGAAGUAGACCGGCCUUAGGCCGGGACCCUGAUGUCGGAAAAGACAUGAGGCGUAAAGAUAAGCGCCCUGUGGAAGACUGUCAAGAGGCUGCUGGCCACGGCUAUGGGGAUGUGAAGGUAAGGUCAAGCCUUUGUUGCAAGGAUGGGGAUGAGGAGACCGAUGUGAGCAGGGCCGUUGCAUGGAUAGAGAAGGCCGCCAAUCAAGGCCACAGUUUUGCGCAGAGAUGGCUGGAAAGUGUCUUGAGAGACGACCAAGGUUAACAAGUGUUGAGGAUGAAAACGGGAAAUGUACAUGCGUAGUGUUGUGUACCAGAGUUUUGACAGUGAAGUGUUAGUAGCCCAAUGAUGUCGGUCAUCCUAAACUACCUAGAGAUCAGACCUUUCUGUCCACAGCUGUAAUCAUGGACGUAGACUGUUUUGACAUAACAUACACGGCAUAUCAGACUUGAAAAGCACCCGGUUCGGCUCGGCGACGGGAAUGUGCGAGAUCGGGGUUACAGUGGCGCGAACGUGAUCAGAUGGACAGGUAACAUGCGUAGCUAAUCAAGAACUUGAAGCUAUACACUCAGCGACACCGUGCAUCGGAAAACUAACUACGACUAUUUCACAUCACAUUGAAAUACCAAGAGAUGAUUAAGACUGAGAGUAAGGUGUUGGCGCA